CCAUUGGGGCCCGCUGGCCAUUGGGGCCCCCUGGCCUGUGGCCUUCUUCGGCAGAGUUGGUCGUCGGUGGGGAUGGGGCAGCUGAGCCAUGUGCACCACCCUCUUCCUGCUCAGCUUGGCCAUGCUGUGGCGCCGUAGAUUUACCAACCGAGUGGAACCAGAGCCCAGCAGAGUGGACGGGACAGUCGUGGGCAGUGGCUCGGACACAGACCUUCAAUCUACCAGCAGGGAGAAAGGACCUGUGAAGUAGGCCUUCACUUCUUCAGACUGGCUCGACUCUGGGGACUGUGACCUAUCAGCCUUGACAGCCCAUCCUCAGAGGGAUUUGGCUCUUGUCCUGAAGGGAGCCUCACAGAUUGCAGACGGCUGUGGCAAGCCCAAGCAUCACGUCUCUACAAUGUCCCAGAGCCAGAAGAGAGGCUGUUGUUUUUAAAGGCAAGAAGAAUUCCCCAAACUUGGCCAGAAUUGUAUUGUAGACAAGAUGGAGGGAGAACAGUUUCCAGGCCGGCCACCAACAUGCCUGCAUCCAGACGUACUUCCCGUGGAGCCACUGAUGCGGAUGCUUCGAGUGGAAGCAGCCAGUGUCAUGGAGGUAUCACCAACCCUCCUUCACAAUCUUAUUAAUAAAACCCAAGAUUCCCUUUGCAAUUAAGAAGGGUACAUGAA